AGAAAGAGUGCGGUCACUGACAACGAACGGAUAUGCAUAUCGGUGAAACAAAGAGGGAGAGAAUCAUGUACAUUUUUCUUUAGUAUGCGUAAUGUGUUUAUCGAAUUUAUCAAAAUUUCUUCUUCAUCAUUCCGUACGCGAGUGAUCGUCAGUCGACGAACACGAAAAUAUAGUCAUAAAUUCUUUCUACCACGAAUUAUACGACUUUCGUUUUAUUAACAUAUUAAUUUCAUCUACGAAUAUAAUCAUUUUUCUCUUUCGGUGAAAUAAUAAAAAUGUCGGUAAUCGUUCAUUAUGCAGUCGUUGCAUUCUGGGAGAAAUCUGGUUGCAAGAUCGUCGCAGAUUAUUUGGUUGAUCCCGAAGCCGAUUGUCGUGAAAUUGCUUUAACUACAAUACAGGACAUUAAGAAUCUUGAAAACGACAGGACCAGCCUCGAUCGGGGCAAAUAUAUGGUGCAUCUAUUGAUCGGAGAAUUGCAUUAUGCUUGCUUGACAACAAAACCAGAAUCUUCAUCGGCAGCAUCCCGAUUAGAAUCCUGUUCUCAAAUCUUUCUCGACAGGUUGAGAAAUAUUUACAGAGAGUUACCGAUACUUGCCGAUCUAUCGAGGGAUCUAACUAAUCUAGCUGUCGCUGAUCUUUCUAAACCACUUCAACAAAUUAUUAAUGAAUACAAUCAACAGGAACCAAAUACUAUACCAAAAUUGGAGACCCAAUUAGUCGAAAUACGACGUAUGUUAAUGGAUGGCAUUCAAAAAUUGAUAGACAGAGGUCAAAAGUUGGAUGAUCUACUUCGUAAAACGCAAACUUUACAAAUUACGUCGAGAAAAGAUUUUCAUAUGGGAACGAAAAUACCACGAAAGAAAAACGUUUUCUUGGCUGCCACUGCAGCCACACUGAUGUUUCUAUCAACAUCCCUUUUCGUUUUCUUAUUGUACAUAGGUAUUUUAUAAAAUAUUUUGUUUAGAAAAAAAAAAAAAAAAAAGAAAAAAAGCACAAGGAGACAUCGCAUAUUAAGAAUAUUAAGUAAUAAUAAAUUAUUUAUUUACUUUUCAUGUUCAACAGGAAACUUCAUACGACGAUGUUGUUUAAUUUCUUAUUUUUAGGCUAAAAAAUAAACUCACUGAGCACAGA